AUGCCAGCACGCGUAUUACACUGGUUUAGAACUGACUUGAGGUUGCACGAUGCACCUGCGCUUCUAAAAGGAUUGGAACUCAAGCCUGAGGUGUUCUUCCCCGUAUGGACCUGGGAUCCCUACUUCAACUUUGAAUGCCCAGUUGGUCCAAAUAGAUACAAAUUCCUGACCGAGUCCAUGAAAGAGAUAGACAAAAAACUGAGCAAGAUGGGCAACAAGCUUCACGUGUUUAGAGCUGCCCCAGCCGACCUAUUCCCUGUGCUAUUCAAGCAGUGGAAUAUCACACACCUUGUUUAUGAAAAAGAUCCAGCGCCAUACGCGAUCGAGCGCGACGAAAGUAUCAAGAAACUAGCAAAAGAUGCAAACGUGGAAGUUUUAGAUAUCACUGGACACACACUUUACGAUAUCGACGCCAUCGUUGAAAAGCAGAAGGGUAAGACAAUUACAUCUGCAACGGCUUUCAAAGCCGCGGCUAAGGAUAUGAAAAUCGAGCGUCCCCUUCAAGCACCAAAAGAUGUGCCAAAAGCAGAUGAUCUCAAGUUGGAUGCAAUUAAAAAGGAAGUUAAAAAGGUAAAGUCAGAUCAUGACGUCAACGAAGAGCAUCGCAAGGGCAAGAUGACGGCUUACGACUCAGUUACAGGCCCAAAAGACUCACUGGAACCACCUUCUCUGGAAGAGUUGGGUCUGGAUUCAGAGGAUGCAACUACGCAGAUUCCUGGUGGUGAAGAUGAGGCACUUAGACGUCUUGACAAGUGGAUCAAAGAUAAGGACGCAACAGCUACAUUCCGCAAGCCUCAAACAUCUCCCUCAGAGUACGAUCCUCCGGCCACUACACAAUUGUCGCCCUAUAUAAAGUUCGGCGCGUUGGGUGUGCGUGAGUUCUACUGGAGGGUCGUUGAUCUGAUGGAGAACUAUGAUGGCGAAACUAGCUCCGAGCCUGAAAAUCUUCCAGGACAACUUAUCUUUAGAGAGAUGUAUUUCGCAGCUCAACUGGGCAUUGGAAAGCCUUUCGGACAGAUAAGAGGGAAUAAAAUAUGCAGAGUCAUAGACUGGAAGCUCUGCAACGCUUAUGACGAGGAUGGUGAGAAGAUUUUCCCCCGUCCAAAAGGAUCGAAAGAGGACGAGGAAGCUCUCGAGAAGUGGAAGCAUGGCAACACAGGAUUUCCAUGGGUCGAUGCGGCUAUGCGUCAGCUCAAGCAAGAAGGCUGGAUGCACCAUCUCGCCAGACACUGUGUUGCGGGUUUCCUCACCCGAGGUCAAUUGUAUAUUAGCUGGGAGAGAGGUGCUGAGGUAUUUGAUAGGUACUUGGUUGACCAAGACCCAGCUUCCAACGCUGGCAAUUGGAUGUGGUUAUCUUGUUCAGCAUUUUUCCACCAAUACUACAGAAAUUAUGGUAUGACGACCUUUCCCUCCAAAUAUGACAAGACGGGCAAAUUAGUCAGGAAGUACGUACCAGAGCUGAAGGAAUAUCCGGACAAAUAUAUCUACAAGCCUUGGGAAGCACCUGAAGAUGUGCAGAAGAAGGCUGGAUGUAAAAUCGGGAAAGACUAUCCAGAGCCUAUGAUUGAUGAGAAGGAAGCCAACAAGGAAUGCAUGGCAAGAAUGAAAGAGCAGUACGCCAAGAAGCUUUACGGUGACAGUCUUCUCAAGCGUAAGGCCAAGUGA